CGCGACAACUGCACGCAGAAACGUGCUAUAGUUUCGGCGUGUUAAGCCGCAAUGCCGCAUGUCUACCACCCCACAGGCCUGCACCUUCAAUAUCGUCAACGAGGGCGGUUGCGGAGAACGAGCCGAGAGGCUCCGCAUCGCCUUUAUAAGUCUCCUGCCUGGUGCACCAUCGUUUCCUUGAUCGUCCCCCAGUGAGCCAGCAUCCCUACCAUCGCAGGUCGAUAUCUUUAAUUUCUUUCGUUAAGCACCAUUCAAUCACCAUGAAGGCUUUUAUUCCUCUUAUGGCGUUGGCAUCCAUUGCCUCCGCUCACUCGACCUGGCAGGAGCUUUGGGUUGGCAGCGAAGACAAGGCUGGCACCUGUGUCAGGACGCCGCCCAGCAACAGCCCCGUCACCGAUGUGACGUCCAACGAUAUGCGCUGCAACGUCGAUGGCACGACUGGCGUCAAGGGAACUUGCACUGUUGCUGCUGGAGACACUCUUACCGUGGAGAUGCACGCGCAGCCAAAUGACAGGAGCUGUUCGAACGAGGCUAUUGGCGGCAACCACUACGGUCCCGUCCUGGUCUACAUGAGCAAGGUCAACGACGCGACGAAGAACGACGGUUCCGGCAGCUGGUUCAAGGUUGCCCAGGAUACCUACAACACUACGGUCGGCACCGAGUCCUGGGGCACUGAGAUCCUGAACUCCAACUGCGGCAAGAAGACUUUCACCGUCCCCAAGGACAUCGCCGCUGGCGACUACCUCGUCCGCUCCGAGGUCAUUGCUCUCCACACUGCUUCUUCGGAGGGUGGCGCUCAGUUCUACAUGAGCUGCUUCCAGGUCAAGGUUACCGGUGACGGAACCGCCAACCCCACCGGUGUCAAGUUCCCUGGUGCUUACAAGGCGACUGACCCUGGCAUUAUGAUCAACAUCUACCAGGAGCCUAUCACCUACACUGCCCCGGGCCCUGCUGUCUACACUGGUUCUGCGUAAGCGCAUGAAUAAGGCUUGAGGAAGAAUUCGCGCAAGGCACAGGUGACGGCUGGGUGGUCCAUUCCAAUUUGCAUAAUGGACGCGAUAUAGCAGUCCCGUAGUAUCAAUGUAAUGUGUCCAUGCGGCAUAUCUUCGAACCAUGUCAAAAGAUACGAAUACCUUAUCAAAAAA